CGCGCUCCCCGAUAUCGCGACCACGACUCCGACGACGACUCCGAGGAUGGCCACUCGCAUAAGAAGUCGAAGUCUGACGCCUCCAUCUACCCUUGGGUUGUCAGUCGGCCUGUCGCAAGUCCCACUGCUCGACCGGUUGUCGGACGUCUCGAGGAACAGUACCGCAAUUUCGCGCGGGACAUCAAGUCCACCCUCACCGAUCUUCUCAACACCCCCAGCAUUCCCGAGUUCGCCAUCUCCGAGUGGGACAACAUCCUCCGGGGCAAGCCCGUUGACCAUGACCAAGUCUUCUCGGGCCGAUACUCGACGGUUUCAGACGAGAAACAGAAGCACAGGAUCGCCGAUGGCCUCGAACUCUCGAUUUCCGUUCCGGGAUCACCUCCGGUAGAGGAGUGCUCCGGCGACUGGGUCGUUGCCUGGCAGGACGCAAGCGCGGCCUAUGCGAUCGCCCUCCCCGACCUCGCGCCCAUCUGCGCCGCCUAUAACAAGCAGAUUAUCAGCCUGUUCGCUGCCCUCCACAUUUCCCUAGCUCACCGUGUCCUCGACUACGACCGGGCCGUGCGGAAGCGCGUUGCCCUCAAUCGAGACCUCCUUUUCACCGACACUGCGGACUUCGCGGACCUUCGCCUCCAGUUCGUCGACUCCGGUGGUGCGAACGUCUUGCACGCGUCAACGGUCCCUGGACCUAGUCGGCGGAACCCAGGUCCAGGACGAGGUGGUGGCAGCAACUCCGCUCGACGGGGCUCCAUGUCUGAAGAAGCGUGCCGCCGCUUCAAUUUCAGCAUCGCACACGAUGCUGCCACGUGCCGAUACAAACACGUCUGCUCCGCCUGCCACAGUGGCGGCCAUCCCCGACCACAAUGCCCUUUGUUAUGGCCUGCUCCGCAUAUCCGUUUACGAGCAUCGGCGCGCACCCGCAACGGACGUCUUAGCAUACGAUCACGCAGCCACUAA